GAGACUGAGCACAGCCCUAAAGGAAGACCCCGCAGUCCGCCGUUAGUGCGCUCGUCAUGGCGUGUGUGAGCCGGGUGGUCGUGCGCGCUGUGAGACCCCGAGCCUUCAUUAACUGCUCAAAACCCAGAGCUUCUACCGCAGGACCGUCUUACAGCACCGACGCCGGCGCCUCCACGGGAGAAAACCCGGCAGGAGCGGCCGAGAAGCCGAAGAAAGGCUUUGCUGCCGCGUACGAGCUCCAGUCUGACCUGAAGCUCCAGCAGCAGGAGGAGCGCAGCGGCGGCGGCAGCGCGGCGCAGCCGGCCCGCAGGAGCUCCGCCCGGCAGGACGCGUCCUUCGCCUCGCUGCUUCGCCACUCCCCGCUCAUGCAGAUGGGCCCGGCCAAGGACAAAACGGUCAUCGGCAAAGUCUUCCACGUGGUCCAGGACGACCUGUACAUCGACUUCGGCGGCAAGUUCCACUGCGUGUGUAAGCGGCCCGAGGCGGACGGUGAGCGGUACCGGCGUGGUAGCAGGGUCAGGCUGAGGCUGGAGGACCUGGAGCUCACCUCCCGCUUCCUGGGCGCCAGCACCGACACCACGCUGCUGGAGGCGGACGCCACUCUGCUGGGACUGGUGGAGAGCAGAGAGGGCAAAGCGAAGGAGUAGCGAUGUUGGGGGGCCAAGCACUUCGGACAGUAUUUAUAAGAGCCAUAUCGUAUGUCUUUCUCUUUGCCCUUCAGGCCCACUUAUGACAUUUUGUGUAGUUUAAUGCAUCAAAACAGUUCACUUUUACAUGAUCAUUCUGCAAUCUCUUAGAAUAAACUUUGUUUUGAUACUGUGCCUUUAAGACUGAAGUAUGUAAAUGACCCCUGUUGUGA